GCUUCUCACCACAGCCCCACCAGCUCGUCCCCCUUCUGCCGUGGCGCUGCCUCUUCUCUCUCUCUCUUCUAUAACAACGGGGCUCAGCCUUGCGGCUGUCACGAAAUGGGUGCCACAGGCCCCACGUGUGAGCCCUUUGGGGGCCAGUGUCCCUGCCGGGCCCACGUCAUCGGCCGUGUGUGCUCCCGCUGUGCCACUGGCUACUGGGGCUUCCCCAGCUGCAGGCCCUGCGAGUGCCGAGGCCGUCUGUGUGACGAGCUCACGGGCCGAUGUGUCUGCCCGCCACGCACCAUCCCUCCAGAUUGCGUGGUCUGCCAGCCCCAGAGCUUCGGCUGCCACCCCCUGGUGGGCUGUGAGGAGUGUAACUGCUCGGGGCCUGGUGUCCAGGAGCUCACCGACCCCACCUGUGAUGUGGACAGUGGCCAGUGCAAGUGCAGAGCCAAUGUGACCGGGCGCCGCUGUGACUCCUGCGCUCCUGGCUUCCAUGGCUACCCCAGCUGCCGCCCCUGCGACUGCCAUGAGGCAGGCUCCAUGCCCAGCAUGUGUGACCCCCUCACAGGCCAGUGCCACUGCAAGGAGAACGUGCAGGGCCCUCGGUGUGACCAGUGCCGCCUUGGGACCUUCUCCCUUGAAGCCACCAACCCAAAGGGCUGCACCCGCUGCUUCUGCUUCGGGGCCACCGAGCGCUGCAGGGGCUCGGCCCACGCCCGCCGUGAGCACGUGGACAUGGAGGGCUGGACGCUGCUGAGCAGCGACCGGCAGGUGGUUCCUCACGAGCUGCGGGCAGAGGCAGAACUGCUCUACGCGGACCUGCGGCGCGGCUUCGAGGCCUUCCCUGAGCUGUACUGGCAGGCCCCACCCUCCUACCUGGGGGACAGGGUGUCAUCCUAUGGUGGGACCCUCCGCUACGAACUUCACUCGGAGGCCCAGCGUGGAGACGUGUUCAUCCCCACAGAAAGCAGGCCGGACGUGGUGCUGCAGGGCAACCAGAUGAGCAUCACGUUCCUGGAGCCAAUGUACCCGGCGCCCGGCCACGUUCACCACGGACGACUGCAGCUGGUGGAGGGGACCUUCCGGCACACGGAGACGCACAACGCCGUGUCCCGCGAGGAGCUCAUGAUGGUGCUGGCGAGUCUGGAGCGGCUGCACAUCCACGCCCUGUUCUCCCAGACCUCCUCGGCCGUCUCCCUGCGCAGCGUGGGGCUGGAGGUGGCCGGCGAGGUGGGCGGGGGGCCUCCGGCCAGCAACGUGGAGCUGUGUAUGUGCCCGGCCAACUACCGUGGAGAUUCGUGCCAGGAAUGUGCCCCUGGCUACUACCGGGACAUCAAAGGUCUCUUCUUGGGUCGCUGUGUCCCCUGUCAGUGCCAUGGCCACUCAGACCGCUGCCUCCCUGGCUCGGGCGUCUGCAUGGGCUGCCAGCACAACACUGAAGGUGACCACUGUGAGCACUGCCAGGCUGGCUUCGUGCGCAGUGGGUCUGAGGACCCGAUGGCCCCCUGUGUCAGCUGCCCCUGCCCCCUCGCAGUGCCUUCCAACAACUUUGCGGUGGGCUGCGUCCUGCGAGGAGCCCGCACACAGUGUCUCUGCAAACCCGGCUACGCGGGUGCCUCCUGCGAGCGGUGCGCGCCCGGCUUCUUCGGGAACCCGCUGGUGCUGGGCAGCUCCUGCCAGCCGUGCGACUGCAGCGGCAACGGCGACCCCAACCUGCUCUUCAGCGACUGUGACCCCCUGACCGGCGCCUGCCGCAGCUGCCUGCGCCACACCGCCGGGCCCCGCUGUGAGAGCUGCGCCCCCGGCUUCUACGGCAACGCCCUGGUGCCCGGCAACUGCACCCGGUGUGACUGCUCCGCAUGCGGGACAGAGACCUGCGACCCCCACAGUGGGCACUGCUUGUGCAAGGCAGGCGUGACUGGGCUACGCUGUGACCGUUGUCAGGAGGGAUACUUCGGCUUCCAGGACUGUGGGGGCUGCCGCCCAUGCGCCUGUGGCCCAGCCGCGGAGGGCUCCGAGUGCCACCCCCAGACUGGGCAGUGCCCCUGCCGGCCGGGGGCCGGAGGGCCCCAGUGCCGCGAGUGUGCCCCUGGCCACUGGGGGCUGCCUGAGCGGGGCUGCCGGCGCUGCCAGUGCCAGGGGGGCCACUGCGACGUGCACACGGGCCACUGCACCUGCCCCUCCGGGCUCAGUGGGGAGCGCUGUGACGCCUGCAGCCAACAGCACGAGGUGCUGGUGCCUGGCGGGUCCGGGGGCCAUGGCGUCCACUGUGAAGUGUGUGACCACUGUGUGGUCCUGCUCCUGGACGACCUGGAGCGGGCUGGCGCCCUCCUCCCCGCCAUCCGGGAGCAGCUGCGCAGCAUCAACACCAGCUCCGUGGCCUGGGCCCGGCUGCACAGGCUGAACGCCUCCGUCGCCGACCUGCAGAGGCAGCUCCAGAGCCCUCUGGGCCUCCGCCACGAGACGGUGCAGCAGCUGGAGACCCUGGAACAGCAGAGCUCAAGCCUCAGACAGGACGCACAGAGGCUGGACGGCCAGGCCACAAGAGUUCUCGCCGAGGCCGGCCGGCUGCUGGACAGCACUGAGGCCUCCCUGGGUCAGGCGCAGACGCUACUGGUGGCCAUCAGGGCUGUGGACCGCAUCCUGAGUGAGCUCGAGUCCCAGACGGACCACCUGUUCCCGGCCAACGCCUCAGCCCCGUCAGGGGAGCACGUGCGCCGGACACUGGCUGAGGUGGAGCGGCUGCUGGGGGAGAUGCGGGCCCGAGACCUGGGUGCCCCGAGAGCAGCGGCUGAGGCCGAGCUGGACGCGGCCCAGAGACUGCUGGCCCGUGUGCAGGAGCAGCUGAGCAGCCGCUGGGAGGGGAACCGGGCACUGGCCGCGCGCGCCCGGGACCAGCUGGCCCAGCACGAGGCUGGCCUCAUGGACCUUCGAGGGGCCCUGAACCGGGCAGUGGGCACCACUCGGGAGGCUGAGGAGCUCAACAGCCGAAACCAGGAGCGCCUGGAGGACGCCCUGCACCGGAAGCAGGAGCUGUCCAGGGACAAUGCCACUCUGAGGGCCACUCUGCAGGCCGCCAGUGACACCCUGGCCCAGCUCUCUGGGCUCCUGCAUGGUAUGGACCAGGCCAGGGAGGAGUAUGAGCACCUUGCUGCCAACCUGGAUGGGGCCCGGACACCCCUGCUGGAGAAGAUGCGGGCCUUCUCCCCCGCAAGCAGCAAGGUGGAGUUGGUGGAGGCUGCGGAGGCCCACGCACAGCAGCUGGACCAGCUGGCCCUCAACCUGUCCAGCAUCAUCCGUGGAGUCAACCAGGACCGCUUCAUCCAGCGGGCCAUCGAGGCCGCUAACGCCUACGGCAGCAUUCUCCAAGCCGUGCAGGCCGCCGAGGGGGCUGCUGGUCAGGCGCUGCGGCAGGCGACCCACACGUGGGCGAUGGUGGUGCGGGGCGGCCUGGCAUCCCGAGCCCAGGACCUGUUGACCAACAGCAGUGCCCUGGCAGAGGCCACCAUCAGGGGGCAGCAGAGGCUGGGCCGCGUGCGGGCUACCCUCCAGGGCACUGGGACCCAGCUCCGAGAUGCCCAGGCCAAGAAGGAGCAGCUGGUGGCCCGAGUCCAGGAGGUACAGGCCAUGCUGGCCAUGGACACCGACGAGACAAGCAAGAAGAUUGCUCACGCCAAAGCUGUGGCCGCCGAAGCCCAGGACACGGCCGCCCGCGUGCAGUCGCGGAUUCAGGACAUGCAGAAACACCUGGAACAGUGGCAGGGCCAGUACGGAGGCCUGCGGAGCCAGGACCUGGGCCAGGUGGUACUCGACGCGGGCCGCUCAGUGUCCACCCUGGAGAAGACGCUGCCGCAGCUGCUAGCCAAGCUGAGCCUCCUGGAAAACCGUGGCACGCACAACGCCAGCCUGGCCUUGUCCGCCAGCAUUGGCCGCGUGCGGGAGCUCAUCGCCCAGGCCCGCGGAGCUGCCAGCAAGGUCAAGGUGUCCAUGAAGUUCAAUGGGCGCUCAGGGGUGCAGCUGCGUGCCCCGCGGGACCUCUCCGACCUCGCCGCCUACACUGCUCUCAAGUUCUACCUCCAGAGUCCAGAGCCGGAGUCUGGCCAGGUCCCCGGGGAUCGCUUUGUGCUCUACAUGGGCAGCCGCCAGGCUGUCGGGGACUACAUGGGCGUGGCUCUGCGGAACCAGAAGGUGCACUGGGUGUACCACCUGGGGGAGGCGGGCCUCGCAGCCCUCAGCGUCGACGAAGACAUCGGGGAGCAGUUCGCAGCAGUCAGCAUUGACAGGACCCUCCAGUUUGGUCACAUGUCUGUCACGGUGGAGAAGCAGAUGCUCCAUGAGACCAAGGGCGACACAGUGGCCCCUGGGGCCGAGGGGCUGCUCAGUUUGCGGCCUGACGACUUUGUCUUCUAUGUGGGGGGCUACCCCAGCCACUUCACGCCCCCUGAGCCCCUCCGCUUCCCUGGCUACCUGGGCUGCAUUGAGAUGGACACGCUCAACGAGGAGGUGCUCAGCGUCUAUAACUUCGAGGAGACCUUCCAGCUGGACACAGCCGUGGACAGGCCUUGUGCCCGCUCCAAGUCGACCGGGGACCCGUGGCUCACAGAUGGCUCCCACCUGGACGGCUCCGGCUUCGCGCGCAUCAGCGUGGAGAGUCAGAUCGGCAUGACCAAACGCUUCGAGCAGGAGAUACGGCUUGUGUCCUCCAACGGGAUCAUCUUCUUCAUGCGGCACCAGGACCAGUUCCUGUGCCUGGCCGUGCAGAAGGGCAGCCUCCUCCUCCUCUACGACUUUGGCGCAGGCCUGAUGCGGGCCAAGCCGCAGCACGAGGACAUGCAGAAGCUGCUGACCAUGACCACGGCCAGCAAGGCAAUCCAGGUGUUCCUGCUGGGGGGUAAUCGCGGCCGUGUGAGCCGCGUGCUGGUGCGCGUGGAGAGGAACAACGUGUUCAGCGUGGACCACAGCAGCUCGCUGGAGCUGGCCGACGCCUACUACCUGGGGGGCGUGCCGCCCGACCAGCUGCCCCCGAGCCUGCAGCAGCUCUUCCCCUCCGGAGGCUCAAUCCGCGGCUGCAUCAAGGGCAUCAAGGCUCAGGGCAAGUACGUGGAUCUCAAGAGGCUGAACACGACGGGCAUCAGCUCGGGCUGCACUGCUGACCUGCUGGUGGGACGGGCCAUGACUUUCCACGGCGACGGCUACCUGUCCCUGGAGCUCCCUGAUGUCCCCCCCGUCUCGGGCCACAUCUACUCCGGCUUCGGCUUCCGCAGCACCCAGGACGCUGGUCUGCUCUACCACAAAGCGUUCCUGGAUGGGCCAUACCAGGUGUCCCUGCAGCAGGGCCGUGUGACACUGCAGCUGCUGAGGACAGAGGUGAAGACUCGAGGGAGCUUUGCCGACGGCGUCCCCCAUUAUGUGGCUUUCUACAGCAACGACACAGGGGUCUGGCUCUAUGUGGACGACCAGCUUCAGCAGAUGAAGCCCCACCAGGGGCCGCCCCCCAGGCCCCAGCCUCAGGAGUCCCAGAAUCUCUUCUUAGGAGGUUUGUCCAAGACUGGCGACUACUUCAACUUCAAGGGCUGCAUCAGCAACGUAUUCGUGAUGCGGCCUGUGGGGCCGCAACGUGUAUUCGACCUGCAGCAGGACUGGAAGAAAGUCAACGUGAGCUCAGGCUGUGCCCCCACCCCGCGCACCCAGACCCCAGGGCAGGCACCUCGAGGACUGAGGGCCGCAGCGGCGCGGAAGCCCGGCCGACGCAGCCGCCAGCCCCCCCCGGACCCUGCCUGCACACCACCCUGGCCUCCCAGGACCAUCCAAGAUGCCUACCAGUUUGGGGGCCCCCUGUCCAGUUACUUGGAGUUUGCCCACAUCCCGGCACCCCCCGGGAACUGGUCCCACCUCUCGAUGCUGGUCCGCCCUCGCACCCCACGAGGACUCCUGCUGCUCGCUGCCCCCCUCACGGCCAGCAGCCCUUCUCUGCUUCUCCUCCUGAGCCACGGACACUUUGUUGCCCAGACAGAGGGCCCUGGGCCCCAGCUCCGUGUCCAGAGCCGCCAGCGUUCACGGGCUGGCCGGUGGCACAUGGUGUCUGUGCGGUGGGGAAAGACUCGGAUCCAGCUGGCGACAGAUGGGGUCUGGGCCCAGGACCAGGAGGGGCCCGGCCAGCAGCACCAGGGGGCAGGGAGCCCCCGGCCCCAGAUUCUCUUUGUGGGGGGCCUCCCUGCCAGUGGCUUCAGCCCGAGGCUCCCAGUGGCCACCGGCAGGUCUGGCUUCAGUGGCUGUGUGAGGAGACUGAGGCUGGACGGGCGGCCCCUGGGGGCCCCGACACGGGUGGUGGGGGUCACGCCGUGCUUCUCAGGCCCCCUGGAGAAGGGCCUGUUCUUCGCAGACAGCGGGGGUGUGGUCACCCUAGACACCGCGGGGGCCGUGCUGCCUCACGCGGCCCUGGAGCUGGAGGUACGGCCUCGGACGGCCACCGGCCUCAUCUUCCACCUGGGCCGGGUCCAGGCACCGCCCUACCUGCAGCUGCAGGUGCGGGCCGAGCAGGUCCUGCUGCGGGCGGAUGAUGGUGCAGGGGAGUUCUCCACGUGGGUGAUGUGCCCGGCGGCCUUGUGUGACGGCCAGUGGCACCGACUGGCGGUGACCAGAAGCGGGAACGUGCUCCAGCUGGAGGUGGACGCACGGAGCAACCAGACCCUGGGCCCUGCGCUGGUGGCCUCCAUGGCCACCGCCCAAGCACCUCUGCACCUCGGGGGCCUGCCUAAGCCCACGAACACACAGGCUAGGCCUCUAGCCUAUCGCGGCUGCAUGAGGAAUCUGAUGCUGAACGGGUCCCCCGUCACCUGGUCUCGCUCUGUGGGCAUCCAGGGGGCAGUGGGGGCCAGCGGCUGCCCAGCCACCUAGCAAGCUGCCCCUCCAGCAGCCACGCAGGAGAGCCUUCGGGGGCCCCGGCCUGGCGUCCACAGGAGGGCCGCCCUGGGCAGGCAGGCUCCCACCUCUCAGAGCCUCCAGCCCCUGCAAUUCAGCCCACUUCACAUCAAGUCUAUUUAUUUGGACUCUAGAUUCUAGGGGUGAUGAAUCUUUUUGAAAACGAUUUAAGUUAUACCGGACAUUUUAAACUGGCGUUUUUAAUACUGUUUAUCUUUCAGCUUCAUGAUGAGAUUUUCCCUCCACCAAUUUUUCGUAACAUCAGAAAUCUGCCCUGCUUCUUAAAAAUUAAAAAGUAGAGGUGCCUGGGUGGCUCAGUCCUUAGGCGUCUGCCUUCAGCUCAGGUCAUGG